AUGUCAUAUUCAAACUUCGAUUUUACAAUUAAGUUUUUUCGUCCAACAAAACGUCCUAUUUUUACUAAUAAUGGUCUUUUGGAUAGUCGUACUAAACGUAUAAUAGCUCAAGAUCGUCUUACUGUAGCUGAACAACGAAUUGUUGAUGUUGAAAGACGAAAAUCAGCUAGUAAUCUUCAGUUAUUAGCAUUUGAACAAAAACAAGUAGAAAAAAGAUUAUUAUCACUUCACAAUCCUAAUCAAUCCGUACAAUUAAAUCAACGUUCAAUCAGUGAAGGUAAUCUUAAUAAUAUUCAUCAAACUGCUUCUUGGAAUGAUACAUUUGAUAUAAAUCAAUCAAAAUUAUAUACAAAUAAGAAUUCAAAUACUUCAUUUCUAUCAAAAACUGAUAAUAUUCCACGAAGUUUUUCAACAUAUUCUGAUGGACUUAUGCCAGAAAAUCAAGUUUUAACGAGUGAUACAGAAAGUAAUGAAGAAGAAGAAGAAGAAGAAGAAGAAGAAAAAGAAAAAGAAAAAGAAAAAGAAGUUAACUUAAAACUAAAUAAAAAGGAAACAAUUCAACCACCUGUAAUCACUAUUAUUCCACCGGAGGAAGACGCCUUAUUUUUUGUUCAAUAA